UUGGUCGAUCCUGGCCAAGCCAGCGAGAGGGUCGAGGGAAAGGCAACCCUUCGCCGAGGCUCCGCUACGUAACGUCUUCAGAAUCGCUAGGAUAAACGCGUCGUUAGCACACGUUCGCGCUCGGUGUCCAAAUCGAAAAAUAGCUCCUCGGUUACUCCUUAUUUCGAUCUUAAUAUUGGAAAUCGUCAUGAUCUACGAACAUUGAAAGAGAAGAUUUACGGUGGUUCGUUAAGUGAUAAGAGCAUGUUGGGGCUCUGCGAUGAGAGACCCACGUACGAGGUACCAUGAGCAGUAACAGUAAGAAGACGUCGGGCGGGAAAGACGAAAAGAAGAACCCAUCCAGCAAAGAGGAAAGCCCGGUACCUGGGAAGGAUGAGGCCGGGGGAUCGGCCACGGGAAGCACCGGCGGUGGUGCGAGCUCGGAUGGAACGCAACCGGGAAGCAAGCCCGGGUCGGCAGGAGCCACCAGCAGGGAAGCCGCACAAAAGCUCCUCGGGCUUGCCGCGCGGGGAGAAUGGGCACCGGUGGACCAGCUGCUCAAAUCUUUGGAGAAGGCGGCGCAGAACGUUGGAGACGAUGGUCCCUUGCUGCCCGUGGCCGGUGUCACAGACCCGGGUACGGGCAUGACGCCGUUGAUGUACGCCGUGAAGGACAAUCGCACAGGAUUACUGGAUCGCAUGAUCGAGCUGGGGGCGGACGUAGGCGCCAGGAAUAAUGACAAUUACAAUGUUCUCCACAUCGCGGCCAUGUACUCGAGGGAGGACGUGGUCAAGUUGCUCUUGUCCAAACGGGGCGUCGAUCCUUACGCAACCGGAGGACCUAGGCAACAGACCGCCGUUCACCUGGUCGCGUCCAGGCAAACGGGCACCGCGACUUCCAUUCUACGAGCGCUACUCGCCGCCGCCGGGCGGGACAUCAGAUUGAAAGUCGAUGGGAAAGGGAAGAUACCUCUGCUGUUGGCAGUGGAGGCUGGGAAUCAGUCGAUGUGCAGGGAAUUGCUGUCGCAACAGGCACCGGAUCAGCUUCGCGCCACCACGCCCACCGGCGACUCCGCGCUUCAUCUGGCAGCGAGGCGCCGGGACAUCGACAUGGUCCGGAUACUGGUAGACUACGGGGCCGUCGUAGACAUGCAAAACGGAGACGGGCAAACGGCGUUGCACAUCGCUAGCGCCGAGGGCGACGAGACCCUCGUCAAGUACUUUUACGGUGUACGAGCGUCAGCCUCCAUCACCGAUCACCAGGACCGUACGCCGAUGCAUCUGGCCGCGGAGAACGGACACGCAUCCAUUAUCGAGUUACUAGCCGACAAAUUCAAGGCUAGCAUAUUCGAGAGGACGAAGGACGGCUCCACGCUGAUGCACAUCGCCUCGCUGAACGGGCACUCGGAGUGCGCGACGAUGCUCUUCAAGAAGGGUGUCUACUUGCAUAUGCCCAACAAGCGUGGCGCCAGAUCCAUUCACACCGCGGCCAAGUACGGGCACGUCGGCAUAAUAAGCACUCUAUUGCAGCGGGGGGAGAAGGUGGAUGCCACUACGAACGAUAACUACACCGCGCUGCACAUAGCUGUGGAGAACGCGAAGCCUGCGGUGGUGGAGACUCUGUUAGGCUACGGCGCGGAGGUUCAUGUACGAGGAGGAAAACUUCGGGAAACGCCUUUGCACAUAGCAGCCAGGGUACCGGACGGCGACAGAUGCGCACUGAUGUUAUUAAAAUCUGGUGCGGGACCCAAUUUGACUACGGACGAUGGUCAGACGCCCGUACACGUGGCUGCUAGACAUGGAAAUUUAGCAACUCUGAAACUGCUGUUGGAGGAUGGCGGUGAUCCGAUGUUCAAAUCGAAGAACGGGGAGACGCCGUUGCACUUGGCUUGCAGAGGGUGCAAGGCCGACGUGGUGCGGCAUUUAAUCGCGUUCGUAAAAGAGAGAAAAGGCUCGGAGACUGCCACCGCCUAUGUGAAUAGCGUAACGAACGAAGGGGCGAGUGCUUUGCAUUACGCCGCUCAGAUCGAACCGUCGGAAGUUGGAACUCCCGGUGACGACCGAGCGGUCAUUCGAGCUUUAUUGGAAGGUGGUGCGGACGUGUCGCUGCAGACGAAACAGGCGCAGGAAUCUGCGUUCCAUCAUUGCGCGCUGGCUGGUAACAAUGAAGUCUUAUCAGAGAUGAUAAGCGGUAUGUCAGCCACGGAAGUGCAGAAGGCGUUGAACCGUCAAAGCGCUGUGGGCUGGACGCCGUUGCUGAUCGCUGCUCAUCGCGGUCACAUGGAAUUGGUCACGAAUCUUUUGGCGAAUCACGCGAGGGUGGACGUGUUCGAUCUGGAGGGAAGAUCCGCGUUGCACCUGGCCGCCGAGCACGGCUACCUUCAAGUAUGCGACGCGUUGCUGGCGAACAAAGCGUUCAUAAACUCGAAGUCGAGGGUCGGUAGAACGGCGCUGCACCUGGCAGCGAUGAACGGCUACUCGCAUCUCGUCAAGUUCCUCGUGCAGGACCACGGGGCUGCGAUAGACGUUCUUACGCUGAGGAAACAGACGCCGUUGCACUUGGCGGCCGGCGCCGGUCAAUUAGAAGUGUGCAAACUACUGCUCGAACUCGGGGCGAGCAUAGACGCGACGGACGAUCAAGGCCAGAAGCCUAUUCACGCCGCGGCGAUGAACAAUUAUGCGGAGGUGGCCCAGCUGUUCCUCCAAAGGCAUCCGAGUCUCGUGAUGGCAUGCACCAAAGAUGGGAAUACCUGUGCUCACAUAGCCGCGAUGCAGGGAAGCGUGCGGGUGAUAGAGGAGCUGAUGAAAUUCGACCGGCAGGGUGUCAUCUCUGCUAGGAACAAGUUGACAGAAGCGACGCCUCUUCAGUUAGCUGCCGAAGGUGGACACGCCGAGGUGGUGAAAGCAUUGGUCAGAGCCGGCGCGUCAUGCGCUGAUGAAAAUCGAGCCGGGUUUACCGCGGUUCAUCUGGCCGCGCAACACGGACACGGUCCCGUGUUGGAGGUGAUGAGAUCUUCUCAAUCCCUUCGAAUAUCCAGCAAGAAGCUCGGCGUUACAGCUCUUCACGUCGCAGCUUAUUUCGGUCAAGCCGAUACCGUGCGAGAAUUGCUCACUCACGUGCCAGGAACAGUAAAAUCCGAUCCGCCAACGGGCGGUUCUUUAGUAGGAGAAUUAGGAAGCGAGUCUGGAAUGACUCCUUUGCAUCUCGCUGCUUAUUCGGGCAACGAGAACGUGGUCCGAUUAUUAUUGAACUCGGCAGGUGUACAGGUUGAAGCAGCGACUACGGAGAACGGUUUCAAUCCCCUUCACCUGGCCUGUUUCGGGGGCCACAUCACGGUGGUGGGUCUCCUCCUGAGUAGAUCCGCGGAAUUACUCCACAGCUCUGAUCGGUACGGUAAAACCGGUCUGCACAUCGCGGCGACCCACGGCCAUUACCAAAUGGUCGAAGUUCUGCUCGGUCAGGGGGCAGAAAUAAACGCGACGGAUAAAAACGGUUGGACGCCGCUGCACUGCGCGGCUCGCGCUGGUUAUCUCGAUGUAGUUAAAUUGCUGGUGGAGAGCGGGGCCUCGCCGAAGAGCGAAACCAAUCUCGGUAGCGCGCCGAUUUGGUUCGCCGCCUCGGAGGGCCACAACGACGUGCUCAAGUACCUCAUGGAGAAGGAACACGAUACGUACGCCCUGAUGGAUGAUAAGAGGUUCGUCUAUAAUAUGAUGGUCUGCAGUAAAAACAACAACAACAAGCCGAUCGAGGAGUUCGUGUUGGUGUCACCGGCACCGGUAGACACGGCGGCGAAGCUGUCUAACAUCUACAUGAAACUGUCCGAGAAGGAAAAGGAGAGGGCCAAGGAUUUAAUCGCCGCUGGAAAACAAUGCGAGGCGAUGGCUACGGAAUUACUGGCCCUGGCCGCAGGCGCCGACUCGGCUGGGAGGAUUCUCACGUCGAUGGAUCGACGGAACGUCGAGUUCUUAGACGUGUUGAUCGAGAACGAGCAGAAGGAGGUGAUCGCGCACACGGUGGUACAGCGAUACCUCCAAGAACUGUGGCAGGGCAGCCUGAACUGGAACGCGUUCAGGACGAUCCUCUUGUUCAUCGCGUUUCUCAUCUGUCCGCCGGUGUGGGUGGUGUUCGCUCUCCCGCUCGGCCACAAGUACAACAACGUACCGAUCAUAAAGUUCAUGUCUUACCUCACGUCGCACAUAUAUCUGAUGGUCUUCCUCCUGCUAGUCGGUAUAAUCCCCAUAUAUCCGGUCGUAAGGCCGAGCCUGGUACCUUACUGGUACGAAGCAUGCCUCCUGGUGAUGCUGUCCGGGCUGUUGCUCUUCGAGCUGACCAACCCCAGCGACAAGAGCGGUCUGGGUUGGAUCAAAUUGGCAGUGCUGCUGUUCGGCAUCUGCGGAGUCGCGUUCCAUUUGAUGGGAUUCGUGGUCGUGCAAAGACCCUACUGGCCGACUCUGCUCUAUCUCAGGAAUCAGCUGUUCGCUCUGAGCUUCCUGCUGGCCUGCGUGCAGAUCCUCGAUUUCCUCUCGUUCCAUCAUCUGUUCGGACCGUGGGCCAUCAUCAUCGGCAAUCUGAUGAAAGACCUCGCGAGGUUCCUCGCGGUGCUCGCGAUCUUCGUGUUCGGCUUCUCGAUGCACUUCGUCGCGCUGAACCAAGCGUUCAAGAACCAGACACCCGAAGAAGCGCGACGGGAGGACAGAAAGUACAAGGGCGCAUUCUCCGACGAUUUGUUGGCCAAUGUUACGGAAUGGAUGAUGGAGACGCCAUCGACGGCGCCUCCUCGCCGCUACGGCCGCUACAAGAAAAAGAAUGAGUGUUGUGACGAUAGCUCCCGAGAUAUAAAGAUGAAUCCCAUACUCGCGUUCGAGUACCUGUUCUUCGCCGUCUUUGGCCAAACGACCCACGGCGAGUUGAAGGUCGAGACCAAUCAGCCGCAGUGGACCUCGGUCCUGUUCAAGUUGGCCUUUGGCGUAUACAUGUUGGUAUCGGUAGUCGUAUUAAUUAAUCUACUGAUCGCCAUGAUGAGCGACACCUACCAACGGAUACAGGCGCAAUCGGACAUUGAGUGGAAAUACGGGCUCAGUAAACUGAUCCGAAAUAUGCACAGAACGACCACCGCCCCGUCGCCUCUAAACUUGCUCACUACAUGGAUCGUGUACUUCAUCAAGGUGUGCAAGCAACACGCCGCGAAACGAAAGCGUCCGUCUCUGGUGCACAUGAUGGGACUCCAACACGCCGGUCGUCUCUCGCCGAGAUCAAAGAUGGGCGCGAAGUGGCUGGCCAAGGUGAAAAAAGGUCAAGUCAGACCGAAAGACAGCGUCACCCUGUCCGUGGUGCACUUGAGCCCUCUCGGUAGCCAGCUGUCCUUCAAUAGCGCCACGAGAAUCGAGAGUGUGGUGGACUGGGACUCGAUCCGUAAGAAAUACCUGGCACUGGCCGGUAACGAGCCCGAGAAAGAGGCGAACAAAGACGAGAAGAACGAGGACGACGAGAACGACGCCGAGAACGCGCCGACGGCUUCGAACUCGUCCACGGUGGCCGCAACUUCAACGCCGCCGAUCUAAACGAAGUCUGAUCCUCGCCUCGGAACCGCGAGGAACUUCGAUUCCUCGCGACACUUGAUUAAAUUUAUCGCGCGUGACACCGCAUAGAAAUUCAGCUCGCGCCCGACCGAUCUAGGUAACGUCUCGUAGUUGGACACGUAGCGUCCCUCGAAGAUCAACCUUUUCGCGAGUCAUAUAAGUUUACGUAAGUAGCGUGCCCUGCGCGAACUCGGAUAGAGAAGUACAAACUGUUGUAUCGUGCGCCUAGAUAACUCGAUCCAGCAUGGCUAUCCCGUCUCUGGACUGCACCACGACUCCUUCCUUCCCAUGACGUAGAACUAUGUCAGACCGAUUAAGACAUCCCAGGUCCUAGUGUAACGCGCUCCUCCUUAUGUACGUCUCUUAGCGUUCUAGCCAUAGCGACACCCUGCCUCGAGACCAUCGAGGCGGACACACACGCACUCACAUAUUACGCAUACGUACAUACAUACAUACAUACAGACAACAGAUUGAAGAACAUGAACCGUGUGUCGCGGUACACAGAGAUCUUACAAGACGUAUCGUUCCCACGUAUUUCCAGUCAG